GGCGGCGCCGGCGCCAUCUUUACUGCGGGCGCGGCCGUGGGGGGGACUUUGCCCGCGUCCCCGCGGUGCCGCCGGCGGGACAUGCUGAGAGCGGUGCCCCGGCCCCCGCUGCGCUCCCUGCUCCCGGCCCCCCCGUGCGCCCCGGGACGCCCGCGCAGCUCCGGCACCCCAGACAGCUGCCCGCGCCCGCCCCGCGCCAUGGCGGGUCUCCCGGGGCUGAAGCCGCUGGUGGCCGUGGGCCAGGUCACCUCCACGCCCGACAAGGAGCUGAACUUUGCCGCCUGCGCCGGGCUGGUGCGGGAGGCGUCGCGUCGCGGCGCCUGCCUCGUCUUCCUCCCCGAGGGCUUCGACUACAUCGGCUCCGACACGGCACAGACCCUCAGCCUGGCCGAGGGCCUGGACGGGGACCUCAUGGGACGCUACGCCGAGCUGGCCAGGGACUGCGGCGUGUGGUUGUCCCUGGGCGGCUUCCACGAGCGCGGCCGGGACUGGCCGACCACGCAGCGCAUCUACAACUGCCACGUACUGCUGGACGCCGCAGGUCGCCUCGUGGCCGCCUACAGGAAAACGCACCUGUGUGACGUGGAGCUGGAGGGACGCGUCACCAUGAAGGAGAGCAGCUUCACCAACCCCGGCACAGAGAUCGUGCCGCCGGUCAGCACGCCGGCGGGGAAGCUCGGCCUCUCCAUCUGCUACGACCUGCGCUUCCCCGAGAUCUCGCUGGCGCUGCGGCGUGCCGGCGCCGAGAUCCUCACCUACCCCUCGGCAUUCACCGUCCCCACAGGCUCGGCGCACUGGGAGGUGCUGCUGCGGGCCCGGGCCAUCGAGAGCCAGUGCUACGUGGUGGCGGCUGCGCAGACCGGGAAGAACCACGAGCGCCGGAUGUCCUACGGCCACGCGCUGGUGGUAGAUCCCUGGGGCGCCGUGGUGGCCCAGUGCCGCGAGGGAACCGGGCUCUGCUACGCCGAGAUCGACCUCGACUAUCUGCACCGAAUCCGCCGGGAGAUCCCGGUGCACAGCCACCGCCGGCCUGACCUCUACGGCACCGUGGCGUCAGCGCCAUGAGCCGCUCUCCGGUGCGUUAAAAUCCGUAGCAGGGCCAGAUCUGCUCCGUUUCAGACCGUUUCUCCCCCAAAAUGCGGCAGCAAGAUGCACUCAGGGCUCCCCGGCCCCCUGUGCCGCAGCCAGGAGGGCGGCCCCCCUCUUUUUUGGGGUGUCCCCCCCAUCUGGGGGGUGCAGGGGCAGAAGGAAGGAGCCGGGUGCUGCGGUAGAUGUUUAUUUCAAGAAACCCAAAAGCUACACAGGGAAUAUGACCGUUAUAUUGAAGUUUAAAAAAUACAGAAGUCACAGAAAUUA